AUGCCUGCGCAAAAGGGUGCCAAGAAGAUCGCCACAAAGAAGUUCACCGUGGACUUCAGCAAGGUCGCCGAGGACAGCCUCGUGGAGGUGUCUGAGUUUGCUCGCUUCCUGCACGAGCGCAUCAAGGUCAACGGCAAGACCGGCCAGCUCGCCGGUAUCGUCAAGAUCACCAACACCGACAGCAAGGUCACCGUCGCCACCAAGCUGCCCAUGUCCAAGCGGUACAUCAAGUACUUGACGAAGAAGUUCCUGAAGAAGACCAAGGUCAACCAGGAGAUUAGCUUGCGCGAGUACCUGCGCGUCGUCGCCAGCAACCCCACCACAUACGAGGUCCGCUACUUCAACGUCGAGGGCGCCGAGGAGGAGGAGGAGGACUAA